AACUGACAUUAUCCAUGGAAUAUAACUGAAAUUCCCCAUUGGAUAUAAAUGACAUUAUCCACAGAAUAUAAAUGACAUUAUCCAUCCAUGGAAUAGAACUGAGAUUAUCCAAGAAUCCACAGGAUAUAACUGACAUUAUCCAAGGAAUAUAACUGAGAUCUGAAAGUAAGAUAAAUGAGGUUAUGGCUAUCUUUCAAAGAACAACAUCAACUGUUCUUUGUACCACCAUUAUUAUAUCUAUGUUACUCAUCAUUCCUAUAUAUUCUUUUAACGAGUCACUGUUUAUUAAAAGUCUUCUCGCUGGGUACGAUCCUCUGGUAAGACCAAGUCAAAAUGGAGCAGACAUAUAUGUAACUAUACAUAUAUCCCCUUUGUUAAUAGCAGAACUGGAUGAACGAAAACAACUUUUAAAGACUGCUAUUGCUUUUACUAUGCUAUGGCAAGAUAACUUGUUGACAUGGGAGACUGUGAAUUCCACGAUAACCUCUUUGAUUUUACCAGCAAAUUACAUAUGGACACCAGAUAUAAUGAUCAGCAAUUCUGCUAAUACUGAAAACCAAUUAGAUACAGCACAAAGCAAAGCUUUUGUUCACAAUAGACCAUAUUAUCACCAUGUCAUACUAACUGUUCAAAAUACAUAUGUUACUACAUGUUCCGUUCAAGUUUUGAAAUUUCCAUUUGAUACCCAGAUAUGUAAGAUAUACUUAAUUCCUGAUGGUGGAAAUGCCUCCAAAAUUAUUCUGAGGACAGAUUCAAAUGCUGGUAUAGAUUUGGCCAUUUUUCAAAACAGUUCCGAAUGGGAUCUAGUUGAUUUGAGUGUUCGUUGUGCAAUGAGGGUGGAGACAGAAGCUCUGGGAACGUAUUUUUCAAUUGCUAUAAUAACGUUUACUAUGAAAAGGCGUGCUCUAACACACGUAGUAAACAGUCUAUUUCCUGUUAUCUGCCUUUCACUGUUGAAUAGUUUCGUAUUUAUUUUACCAGCAGGCGGGGGAGAAAGAACUGGCGUAUCUAUAUCACUGUUGUUGUCUUACGCCAUUUACAUGACCUACAUAAACCAAACGUUGCCAUCCAAUUCGGACACGCUCAGUUAUUUUAGCAUUUACCUAGUUUGUCUGAUCUGUAAAAGUUCUCUUAUUGCCUUGGCAACAACCAUCAGUCUUUGGCUUCAUGACAAAAAGAAAGCACAGGCAGUGGCCUGGUCUCUUUUUACCCGUACCCCAUCUCCAAAAAUAAUUCCUGAAGAUCAGUUGAUGAGGAGAAAGACAUCUGCUAUGAAACUACAGGAUAUGAAUUCAUUUGGAGAUGACAAGUUUGAGCAGGACUCACAACUCGAGAACACAAAAGUCGAGUGUACAUCACAUGGGGCCAGGCAGUCAAAUGAGUGGAGUGUAAGAGCCAUCAAAUUUGAUUGGUUUUGUUGCAUAUUUUUUAUUAGUUGUUCAUUGUUGAUGCCGACUGUCUGUAUUGCUCUGAUGCUUACAUAAGAUGGCAACUUGAUCAAAUCUUACCAAUAGUAAGUAGGCCUACAUCUCUUAAGCACUUGGACUGCCCCAAACUGCUCAAAACCACUGUACUAUGGAAGGCCAAACAGCUCUUUAUUCAGUUUUCUUAAUUCUUAAUUCAUAGUCCUCAAUUCUUAUUUCUUUAUUUGUUGUGGU